AUGAGGAUUUUAACGUCUCUGUUGAAGAACACCAACCCCAAAGUGGAGUAUUAUUCCAGGUUCUCACCGUCUCCGCUCUCCAUCAAGCAGUUUUUGGAUUUUGGUAAGGAGAAUGCAUGUGAGAAAACGUCAUACAUGUUCCUGCGAAAGGAACUACCGGUGCGUUUGGCCAACACCAUGCGAGAGGUCAACCUGCUGCCCGACAAGCUACUCAGUCAGCCAUCUGUCCGUCUGGUUCAAAAAUGGUACAUGCAGAGCUUUGUGGAGCUGCUCGAUUACGAGAACAGAAAGCCGGAGGAUCCGCAUGCUCUGAAUGACUUCCUGGAGCUGUUGAUCGAGAUCCGGAACCGUCACAACGACGUGGUUCCGACAAUGGCGCAGGGCGUCAUCGAAUACAAAGAGAAGUUCGGCUUCGACCCUUUCGUCAGCAGUAACGUACAAUAUUUCCUCGACCGCUUUUACACCAAUCGGAUCUCCUUCCGCAUGCUCAUCAAUCAGCACACUCUACUGUUCGGUAAUGACACCAACCCAGCUCAUCCCAAGCACAUCGGAAGUAUUGAUCCGACUUGCUGUGUGGCCGAAGUUGUCAGUGAUGCAUAUGACACGGCUAAAAUGCUGUGUGAGAAAUACUACUUGGCUGCUCCUGAGCUCCACAUUGAAGAGUUUAACAGUAAGAAAUUUGGAUUUUUAUCUACCCAAAAGUCAAUCCAGGUCGUGUACGUGCCCUCUCAUCUGUUCCACAUGCUUUUUGAGCUGUUCAAGAACUCAAUGAGAGCCACAGUGGAGCUUCAUGAGAAUAGCAUAGAAGGAUUGCCACCUGUGAAAGCAAAAGUCACUCUUGGUAAAGAGGAUCUGUCCAUAAAGAUCAGUGACAGAGGAGGAGGAGUUCCUCUCAGGAAGAUUGACCGCCUUUUCAACUACAUGUACUCUACUGCCCCGACGCCCAGCCUAGAGCCAGGAGCUGUCCCUCUGGCUGGUUUUGGCUACGGUUUACCCAUUUCGAGGCUCUACGCUCGAUACUUCCAAGGGGAUCUGAAGCUCUACUCCAUGGAGGGUGUGGGCACUGAUGCCGUUAUCUAUUUAAAGGCCCUGUCGAGCGAAUCCUUCGAGCGGCUUCCCGUUUUCAACAAAUCAGCGUGGCGACACUACACCACCAGCCCCGAAGCGGACGAUUGGAGCAACCCGAGCAAAGAACCGCGUGACGCCAGCAAGUCCAAAUACAAGACCAACAGAUAA